CACGGAAUCAAACAAUUCAUUCACAUCUAUAACCACAAUAAACACCGAAUCGACCGGUGCUUCAAAUGGGGCGAUGAGAUCGAGUACGUGAUCGUCAGGUUUGACCACAAGAACAAAAGGGUUCGUCUGAGUCUUCGCGCGAAAGACAUUCUCGAUAUCAUGUACGACAGGGAAGAGAGGGAAGGUGUGAAUCGACAGGUGCUGUGGAGACCGGAAUAUGGCGGCUAUCAGAUUGAGGCCACACCGGGACAGCCAUAUGGACACAAUAACGAAGGAAAUGGCGAUUAUUUUAUGCAUAAUCUGUUUAAUACAGUAGAGGAAAAUAUGAAACUACGGCGCCGGGAGAUGUAUGAACUGCUCGAUGAGGAUGAGGCGCUUAUUUGUAUGACAAAUUAUCCCAGAUUAGGCAACGAAGACAUAAGUGUCCCCUUCUGUAGAGCCGAUCCCCUGAACAGCACAACCGGCAGUAUAUUCGCAUCGGACGGACUCACAUAUACAGGUCAUCCCCGGUAUAUAAAGACGGGUCAGAAUAUUGUUGAGCGCAGGGGUCGUAAAACAGUGGCCAAUGUUCCCAUUUUUAAAGAUACCAAAACUCCCGACCCUUUCAUUGAGAUAUUCAAUGAUAAGGAGUCGAGUAGAGCGGCGAAAGUGGAUCACAUUUAUUUGGACGCCGGCGUGUUUGGGAUGGGUAUGUGUUGUCUACAGGUAACACUUCAGGCUACAAAUGUUAAUGAAGCGAUGGUGUUGAAUGACCAGUUGGCACCGUUAGCACCCAUUAUGAUGGCAUUGAGUGCCGCUACACCUAUUUUCCGGGGAUAUUUAUCGGACAGGGAUUGUCGGUGGGAAGUCCUAUCAAAUAUAAUGGACGACCGGACACUUGAAGAGUCGGGAGAAAAACCACUUAAACAUAAUAAAUACAGAAUUCAUAAAUCACGAUACGCUCCCAUUAAUACAUAUUUGUGUGAAUCUAAUGCUAAAUAUAACGAUAAUCCUAUUGUGUAUAACAAGGAGUAUUACGAUGAGAUGAUUAACGCUGGAGUCCCACAACCUCUGGCCCAACACAUCGCAUACCUAUUCAUAAGAGACCCGACGAUUACAUAUCGCGAGAAAUUGGAUCAAAUCGAUGAAACAGAUUGCGAUCACUUCGAGAACAUUCAGUCAACCAAUUGGCAGACAAUGAGUGUCCGGUCGUCCAUUAUAUUUGAUAAGGCUUCCCACCGACAAUCCCUGUCCGAUAAAUAUCCCCGGAAAAUAGGUGUAGCGGCACUCAAUACCAUCAUAAUGGGUGCUAACGGUGCCAACUGGUCAUUCAACACCAUGGCUUCAUUAACAUUUGUAGCCUGA